CUGGGGGAGGGGCCCCUGGUCCACCGCACCCCGCUCUGGCCCAGCGGCUGUUUACUCGCAGAGACUGAGGGGCGGGAGAGCCAAGUUGACAUUCCUGGAAUUCUGAGAACUGCGUGUGGAUUUGGAGGGGGACUCCUCCCUGCAGCUCCCUGGUUUCCCAGGAGGGGCUUGCUGAGCGGCGUGGCGGCACAGGCCGCCCGCACACGUGUGCUCAGAGGCCCCUUGGGCACUUGGCUUCCGUGCCCACUCCGCCCUGGCUCAGGCCUGGCCAGGCUGGACCUGAGGACCCUAGGGGGCCUCACCUCAGCCUUCUCCCCCGCUGGGCCUUUUCCCUCCCUGUGGGUGCUGAGGGGGCAGGCUGGGCAGGGGCAGAGAGUGCCCCAGGGGCCUGGUGCACUCGUGAGGGCGCGGUGGGUGGGACAGGCCCGCGGCAGGGGCCCUGGGGGUGAGCGCAGAUGUGGCCCAGGCCUCGGGCUUGGCCUGGAGAUGGGCAGGGAGAGUGAAGCGCUGGGUUUCCAAGGAGGGGGGUCCUGCCCCGACAGGCGGGGGGGUGGUGUUCACAUGUGGUCUGGAACCCAUGCGCCCUACUUCCUGCCAGAGGAGGGUCACUUCAGGGCAGGCGGGGGACAAGGGGAAACCCGUGAUCAAAGCUUCAGCCGCUGAGACCCUGUGGCCCGGGUGUUGUCCUGGAAACGCCACCUAAGAGACGGAGCUGCCCAGGAGGCAGCUGACCCUGCGACCCGUCCUGGACCACAGCGUCCACCUCCCCUUCUGUAAGGGGGAGGGGGCCGGAGGCCGCACAGCUGGAGGGGCGGGGGUCCCAGCACAGCCCUGAGCGCCCAAGCUCUGGCGGCUCUGGAGCUGCGGCUUUGGCCUUGCUGACCGCCCUGCCGGCUGGCCAGCCCUCAGGACCACUGUGCACCGCCCGCCUUCUUCCCCGAGCUGAAGCGCUGCAGCAUGGCGCGCGGCUGCCUGCAGGGCGUCAAGUACCUCAUGUUCGCCUUCAACCUGCUCUUCUGGCUGGGCGGCUGCGGCAUCCUGGGCGUGGGCAUCUGGCUGGCGGCCACGCAGGGGAACUUCGCCACCCUGUCCUCCUCCUUCCCGUCGCUGUCGGCCGCCAACCUGCUCAUCGUCACUGGCGCCUUCGUGAUGGCCAUCGGCUUCGUGGGCUGCAUCGGGGCCAUCAAGGAGAACAAAUGCCUCCUGCUCACCUUCUUCGUGGCGCUGCUGCUGGUGUUCCUGCUCGAGGCCUGCACCACCAUCCUCUUCUUCGCCUACACUGACAAGAUCGACAGGUAUGCCCAGCGGGACCUGAAGAAGGGCCUGCACCUGUACGGCACCCCAGGCAACGUGGGCCUCACCAACGCCUGGAGCAUCAUCCAGACCGAUUUCCGCUGCUGCGGAGUCUCCAACUACACCGACUGGUUCGAGGUCUACAAUGCCACACGCGUUCCUGACUCCUGCUGCCUGGAGUUCAGCGAGAGCUGCGGGCUGCACGCGCCCGGCACCUGGUGGAAAGCGCCGUGUUAUGAGACCGUGAAGAUGUGGCUCCAGGAGAACCUGCUGGCCGUAGGCGUCUUCGGGCUGUGCACGGCCCUGGUGCAGACCUUGGGCCUGACCUUCGCCAUGACCAUGUACUGCCAGGUGCUGAGGGCAGACGCCCACUGUGCGUAGCUGCCCGCUGCCCGCCGCCCUGCUUCGCUGCCAAAGGACGUCGCCCCAACCCCCCCACCCCCACCCCGGAGCCAGACCUCUCACCAGCCUGGGCCUGGGAGCCCCUAGGACUCCUGGCCUCAGGAGCGCCGUGCCCAAGCGGGCGGGGAGCGGGGGUCCAUGGGGGCUUCUGGCGCUUUUCUUGCCCAAGUGUUCUCCAGGGCAGUGUUUCCCCACCAGCCCUGUCUGGGUUGGGGUGGGAGAUGAGGGGCUCCCCGCUGGCCCUGGUGCUGGAGACAGGCUGCAGGUGCUCCCCCACACCCCACAGCGGGGCCACGGCAGGCUCCGGGCACGUCUAAUAAAGUGUGGGCAGCAGCCCCCCA